UCCUAAGGAAAACAACAGCAUCUUGACAAGGAUUGAUUUCAUUGGUUGUUGGGCAUGAAGGGGGCUUUCAAGGAUACACUGAUGCAAAUAAACCUUCCACAACAUUCUAUGACCAUGAACAAGAGCACUGCUGCAUGACCACGUGACAGAACCACAUGGGAUGACGUCAUCGCGCCACACCCUCAGUGAUGACGUCACAACACCCAAUCACAUUGUUCCUGUCACUUUUUUGGGAUGAAAAAGUGCCAAAGUAAACAGAGGGAAAGUUGAGGUUACAGGUAUGCAAGUGGGAGAACACUCUGAAGGACUUCACCACGAUCCCCAAAAGCUACCCUUUGAACCCUACCUUCCCUCCAGGGGUGAUGCUGAUGGAAUUAACCAAUGGGAGGCGUGGAACCAGCGUCUCCUUAUUGGUCCACUGACUGAUAUGCAAAUGAGGGGAAACGUCACUUCCUGGGACAAAUCGAGCGCCAUUUUCCCUUUCUGGCUCUGGAAGGAGGGAGGAGCAGCCGGAGGUGGGUGGAUGGGAGCUGGGGGGCUCAGUGGUGGUGUCGGAGGAAAGCCGGGUCCCAUAUUGCACGGCCGGCUGGGCGCCGCCAAGGCAAGGAUGCUGCUGCUGCACCGCCGCCGCCUCUGCCCGGAUUGUUGAGGUGCUUGAGCGCGCGCUGCAGGUCGAGGCGAGGAGGCGGAGCCGGGCGGGGCGGCCGCUGACUGAGGGUCCGAGUAGCAGAUAGGCAGGAGGAGGAAGAAGAAGAAGAGGAGAAGGAGGAGGAGGAAGAAGAAGAAGAGGAGCGGCGGCGGCGGCACCGGCACCGGGCAAGGUUGCAACGCCUCCGGCCGCCUCGGGGAGUCGCAGUCGAGGAGCAGAGCAGGCAGGCAGCGGGCGCCCCCUGCAGCCAGGACAGGAUGGUGCACUUUGUUGUCAAUAAUGGAAAAACAACCUGCAGUUUGACAUGUUUCAAAUUCCUGUGCAAAAUCUUGAUAAUAUAAGAAGAUCUCGGAAGAAAGUGAAGGGUAUUCUUGUGGAUAUUGGACUUGACAGUUGUCAAGAGUUACUUCAGACUCUGAAAAGUUUUGAUCCAGGAGAAAAAUAUUUCUCCAGUACUUCAUGGAGUGAUGUAUCUCAUUGGGACAAUGUUGCUAAAAGAAAGAGAUACAGAACAAAUCCAUAUUGCUGCAGCUUGUGCAAAUUUUCAUCAAAAUUUCUUAAUUCGUUCAAAAAUCACCUGAAUCGCUACCAUGAAGAUGAAAUGGAUCAAGAGUUAGUUGUUCCUUGUCCAGAAUGCUCAUUUGCUUCACAGACUAAGAUAGUAGGAAAACAUCUCCGAAUGUUUCACUCCAAGAAGAAAAUACAAAAUUAUAAUGUGAGUGGUGGUAUGAGACAAUUCCGGAAUGAUGCAGUAAACUUUGUAUGCCAGAAGUGUCAAUUUUCCGACAUGCUGUACUACAAUACAAAGAAACACGUGUUGGUAAGCCAUUUUCAAAAUCUAAUAAGCACAUAUUUUGAGGAGAGGCCUGAUGACAGUGAAGAGAACUUUACUGACCACUACUGUAAAAAGUGUAAUGCUUUUGCAAAUAGCCGGGAUUCUUUAAUAUAUCAUGUUUUAACAUCUGAAGUACAUAAAGAUCUGGAGAACAUAUUAGGACGUGUAAUUUCAGUUCAGCCUAAAAAAACAGGACAAAUGAAAUCACUGCAGAUUAUCAAUAUUGCUCCCAAGCCGUCUACAAUCAAUACUGUUUCACAACUGAUUCCUACCUCUGUAGGAUCAAAUUCUACAUCACGUUUUCAGCUUCCACUUCCAUCAGUUAAUCAGAAUCAAAAUACAGUGUCGACAAAAGCAGUUCAUAACGUGGCUGCACCUUUGAGUGUUUCAGGUAGCACCAGUACUAUGACAGCUUCGACUUCUGCUGACCGGCUACAUAUUGCCCUUCUUCCUGGUUCUCGUCCAACAAAUCAGAAUAGUGCUGGUCUUCAGCCUGCAGUUUCCCAACCAGUCUUUGUUUCUCAUCGUUUCCCCUUAAAACAGCCAGUAAGACCCAGAGUUCUUUGCCUAAAUCAACCCACAGGAAACAUAAGCAGAGCUGUUCCUCCAGGAGUCAUUUCUUUCACUCGACCUAUCAGGCCUACUCUGCUUCCUCUAGGUAAUCAAUCAGUCAGAACUAUCAGCAAUCCAAUUAUACCAGGGCCUGCUCCUAUUCCAGUUAACAGGCCUUCAUCACCUGGGAUUCUUGCUGUAAAUCGGCCUAUGGGCAGUGGGCCUGGUGUUCUUCCAGUUCCCCAAACAAUUACAUCGGGAGUUCUUCAGUUUAACCAUCCAGUCACACCAGGGGUUCUUCCUGUAAACCCAUCUGCUGGACCUGGGAUUGUACAGUUCAAUCAGCCUGUUACACCAGAGGCUAGACCUGGAGUGUCUCAGAAUGCUACUUUACUUGCCACUGGACCUGUGCUCAGACAGUUAAUUCCAACUGGCAAACAAGUCAAUGGAAUACCCACAUACACUCUUGCACCAGUUUCUGUGACUUUGCCUGGGCCAUCAGGUGGUGGGGUGGCAACUGUUCCACCGCCUCAGGUACCUGUUCAGUUGAUGCCAUCUGGCCCAGUUGCCCAGCUAUCUCAGGGUCCUGCUACUGUGCCAUCUGUUGCAGUAAGUUCUUCUACAAAUACUCUUACCAAGACUUCUCCAACCACUACUGCAAUGAAUCUAGUUCUUAAACAGGCCAAGCAAUGGAAGACUUGCCCUGUUUGUAGUGAGCUUUUCCCAUCAAAUGUCUAUCAAGUGCAUAUGCAAGUGGCCCACAAAUGUAGCACAUCUAAGACGGAGAUGACUCGUGAAAUAGACAAAGUUGCUGUCUGUGCACCUUUUCUGAGGUGGCUAAAAGAUAAGACGGUGCGAUGUUUUUCUUGUAAAUGCUUUCUAACUCAGGCAGAGCUUUUAAAACAUAUUUUUAUCCAUGGGUUAAGUUGCCUCUUCUGCACCAGUAUUUUCUAUGAUUUAAAAUGCCUUGUGACUCACACACAAACUGCGCAUAAUGGAAAGAAGGAACUUCAUUCAGAUUACGAUGAUAAAGGGUUUCAGCUUGCAAGUGAUUCUGAAGGUCAGCUAGUAUUCCCGCAUUUUGAUUUCAGUAUAACUUCAAAAGAAUUUGGUGAAAGAGAAGUGCAUCUUGUUGUACUAGCUGGUGUAAAUUCAAGGACACUUAUUCCUUUGUAUAUCAAACUGCAACACGAGGAUGCCGAAACGAGCAGAGAGAACAAGAAAGUUUCUACUUGCCCUUUUUGUUACGAUAUUUUCACUAGCACUGAUGCUUAUGAAAUGCACUUGAAAGAGCGGCACCACAUCAUGCCAACUGUGCACACCAUUUUGAAGACUCCUGCAUUUAAAUGUAUACACUGCUGUGGAGUAUACACUGGCAACAUGACUCUGACAGCUAUAGCUGUGCAUUUGCUUCGAUGCCGCAGUGCUCCUAAAGAGACCUCGCCAGCUAUGAAGAUGCAGGUUGGCCUUGGUGAGAAGCAGGAUCUACCACUUAUGAAUGGAGAGAACCAUGAGGAUGCUUCUCUUUCAGCCAAGAGGAAACAAUCUGAUCAUCUUUAUGCUGCUUCUGUUUCAGAAGACCAAAGUGAUGAGGAUCCGCCAUUCUUCAUUAUAAAUAAUGGUACUGCCCAAGUUCCAGUAAAGGAGGUGAACUGUGUGCCUUCGAAACGACAAAAGUCUGAUCAUAAAACUGAAACCAAGGGCGAGAUUUCAGCUGAAGAUCUUCAUCUGUUGGUGUUGAAUCCGAAGCCAUUCCAACAAAGCUCAAAUGAAGUCCAAAAAAGGUUUCUUGCAGAUUAUUUUCACAAGAAGCCAUAUCCUAGUAAAAAAGAACUAGAAUUGCUGUCGUCCAUGCUAUGUGCAUGGAAAGUGGAUGUUGCAUCAUUUUUUGGGAGAAAGAGAUACUUCUGCCUAAAGGCAAUAAAAAACGUUAAGCCAUCCGUGCUUUUGGGCUUUAGUAUGUCAGAACUUAAAAAUGUAAAGCACAGUUUGAAUUUAAAAUGUGAAUUGGAGGGUGUAUAAUUUUUUUUAAAAAAAAAGUAGUCCUGAUACCAGGCAACCAAGACUGCAUAUUACAUCAGAAACUAUUCCACUUACUUAAUUUUUGUAAUAUUAAGAUAUUACUGUUCUUUGGCUAUAUUUGCAUACAGUAGUAAAUUAAAAUUACAAAAACAAUUUAUCAUUCACAAGCAUUUUUACUUUGCCCAAUCAGUCCUUCGUUCUGUCCAUCACUAACAUUGACUAUAAUAAGAAAUUACCAAGAAGAAAAGGCUUAAUGUCAAAUUAAGACUCAAAUUUAGACCUGGCUUUUGGCUCCCAAAUGAGCUGACUUGGAUGUAUACUUUGAAUUCUGGCUAUAUAUAACAGUCAUGAAUCCUAGUUUUGACAUAAUGCAAAAGGUUUCUCCUUUUACAGGUGUAACUCCUCACAGGUUUAACACUGGUGGAUGGUACCAAGGUUGAGUCACAGGGCAAUGUGCUGCUCCUGAAUGAUAAACUAGAUUUUUUUUAGAAUCAUAGCUCACUAUUUUGUGUGAACACAAUCAGUGCCGUGGGGGUGUAUUUCAGAAUACCUGAAGUUCUAGUUCCUUUUGUUCUGUUUUGUUCCCUUGCUUAUGAUGUAGUUUUGUCCAUGGGAUUUUAUACAAUUGUGUAACAAAUUUCUAGAUUUUUUUUUCAAAAAACAAUUGUUUCUAAAAAAAAUAAAGUGUAUAGUUUUGGUAACAUAUCAAAAUUGGUUAGAUGAUUAUAACAGUGUAAAAGAAUCAUCCCCUCCGUUUAAAAUUAAGAUGCUUGGCUUUUAAUAUGACCUUAUCACACUUUAAAAUGUUCAAACUUGGCAGUGUAUAGCCAGUGCCAAAUGCAAAAAUACUGAUAUUAAAAUACUUAUUUGCUCCUGUAGGUACAAUGGUACAUAUGAGAUAAUUUCAAAUGCUGCUUCUGAAUUUCUCCUUAGUAAGAAAUUCUAGAUCUUUAUAGAUAUGCCAUUGUUUUUCUGUAGCCUUGGUUUCCAAGUAUUGGUAAUGCAUCUUGGAUUAAAUAAAGUUAGGAGCUACCUGUUCAAAAUUAAGAUGUAUUUGUCUUCAUCAUAUAUCCCCCAAAUAUGCUACUAUAAUUCUUAAUUAUGCCAUUCUUGCUAGAGAAUUCUGUGAGGUGAAGCUCAUGUAUUUGGAAGGUGUCCAGAUUGGAAAAAUUGAUGUAAACUAAAAUGGCUGUCUAGAGCUAACUUUACUUAAUGCUGUAGCUUGCUGAGAGCAUUCUAAAUUUGCAUUUUUCCCCAGAAAGGUAUAGGUAUUGCAUUUAUGACUGUUAAUCCCUUGUGCUGACAAAUAGUCGAGCAGUAUUGGAAAUAAGUUCUUGACACUUUGCUAUCUUGCUGUGAAGAUUGUCUUGGAAUAUGGGAUUAAAGGCAAUUUCUUCAGCAAUUUAGUGUGGGAAUAUGUUGUAUUGUGACUGACACACAAUCUCUUGGAUUAUGAUAAUGGCAGUAUGUGGGAAAAAUGCUUGCCAUUUAUAAGUUUAGGGUUAUUUUUCUUCAAAAAGCAGAGUGAAAACUUCUGUCGUAGUGGUCGAUGGUUUGAUACUACGAAUAGAUAAUAGUUUUGUUUAAAAUUAUUCAAGAAAUAAGCCUGUUAGACAUUUUAAAACAAAAGUAAGGCUAAAGCUGUAGCAGUUUUAUUACUACUUUUUAAAAUACGUUGGGGCAUUGGAUGAUUGAACAGUUUUUAGAUCCAAGUUAGUCUUUAGCCCCUAGAAGAUAACUAGCUAUUAAUUUGAACAGCACAGCUUAUUACUGCCCUAUCAGAGAACAUUUUCUGUGCAGACUUUACAAUGCAUUUUAGUUAUUAAAAACAUUUCUUAUGGAAAGACUUGUUUUGCCAAAACUGCAUGUAAAUAAUUGCAAUUUAAGCACUUGCAUUGCAGGCCGUUAGCGUUCUAAAAUUGGCAGAGAAUUGUAAGAGAGUUUACUGGUCUGGUUUCUGUUUUUUCAUGAAGCCUCAUUUUCUAGGAGUUAUAUCAAGGCAGAGAUAUUUAAAUACAAUUUAUUAUUGUUGGAGACAUAGAAACUAAAAGGUCACACCUGUACUAGCACUGAUAAUUAUGUAGCAGGAAUGAAGAUCUUAGAAGACCUGGCCAUCAAAAGCAAGAAUAGCUUUCCUGGCUAUCACUUCAUCUUUCAGGAUUAUUGAGAGAUAUAUUAAGAUUCUGAAGUGAAGAAUAACAUUGACUAAACUUAUAUACUAUGCACAAAAUAAAAGGACUGCAGCCAUUUAAAGAUAAGACAACUACCUGCUCUGGAAGAUGGUAGACUCCAAGAUUAAACUGAGGGGAGUUAACUGCUAUUUGGUCAAAAUUCAUACAGUAUAAAGUCUUAUUUUUAGAAAAGGAGAAUAAAUACACUUACUGGGUGUCAUUGCUAUUGUUAUUUUAAAACUAUUGUAUAACUGUUUGAUUUCUUACCAAUAUUGGAAAUGGAGUUGUUACAAUAGUAGUGCUUUUGCUUAAGAGUUUCCUGCAUUUCAUUUUAAUUAUUUGUAUCCACAUUAUUUUUACAAAUAACUCAAGAUGGCAAAUAUAUCUAGCACUCCUUCCUCCCCCUAUUUUUCUCACAUCAACAAUCCUGUGAAUUGGGCCGAGAGUGACUGGCCCAAGGUCACCCAGCUGGCUUUCAUGGCAACGGCAGGAUUAGAAAUCAUGGUCUCCUGCUUUCUAGAACGAUGACUUAAUCACCAUCAUUUCUUUGCAAGUACUGGCUCAAAGUUAUGGAGGAGCAAAAUUAAUACAAUGUGGUAUCUGUGAAUCCAAACAUAGCUUUUGCAUCUGUGCUAUAUUGUAGUAAUUUACUAUAUACUGCUUCAGUGCUUAGCUAAUUGGUGGGAGCCCAACCUAGCCAGCAGCAAGUUAUAUGGACUGAUAGUUUUGCUUUAUACAUGUUUCUCAUUACAGCGGAUAGGAUCUUGUUCCUUUUCAGUGUUUUAAUGAAACAACUCUGCAUUAAUGGCCUUAAAGAACUCCCUUUGGGAAGCGUUGAAUAAUGGCACAAAGUUUGAAAUAACUAUUUCGUAACAUAAGCUCUGGAGUAGUUGGAGCAUACCAUUUAAAAGUAGAAACAUUUUGUCCCCCCCACAAAAUGAAUUUGUGGCAGUAAACCACUUUAGUCGUGAACUAUGCUUUGCAAUGACAAGGGACACUUGGUGUAGACUUAUUCAUACUUCUAGGCUGUCACAUAACAGGGUCAUCAUAAUUCUUCUCACUUUUGCCCACUAUUUUCUGAUCACAACUUCAAAUUGUACGCUCUGGUUUUCCAAAGUAACAAAAUAAAUUACUUGCCAGUAGUGGGUAUUAGCCCCUGGGAGAUCAUAAAUUCAGUUUGGGGCAGCCAUGUGAGACUCAUAUGUUCUUCUGGCACUUUAUUCUUCAACUUAACAAAGAAUGGAUAAUUGUCAAGAUUUUCCCUGCUUGUCUAUCAGCAUUAUUUUUACAUCUAGAAUAUGAAAAAUUAUUCUGUAAUAAUACUGCUUAUGUUUUCUGAUUGAAAUAUUGGGCUUAUUCCUAUUCACUUUUAUUUUAUACCUUGUGUUUUAAAAUGUACUGAAAUGUCAGUGUUCUGCAGUUUGAUAGCAUUUACUUUAAAAAAAAAAUCUGGUGGAAGUUUUGAAAAUUUUCUACCACAUUUUAUAAUCCCUGCUUGGAUAUAAUCUCUGGUGUUACCUUUCCUUCUGCUGAAGCUUUUCAAGCUUUUAGCAGUCUAUAUGCCUUAUCCUGGAAAAUCACAUUUCUGAAGUUACACUGGUUUGGUGAAUUGUCUGAACUCUGUAUGCUUCUUUUUAACUUUAUCAAGUUUUCAGUGACAGAGUGGUCCUCUAAUUGGCUGCUUCAUUUUUGAAUAGUCAAUUAUCAAAACCAAAAAGUAGGGACACUUACCUGGUUGCAGGAUAUUUUCAUUUCCUGUUUGUGUCAAGUGAUAGUCCUCUUAUUCACUGAUAUUUUCACUCCAUUAGAAUAGACAUUUCAUGUCUUUGGUAUUAUAUCCUUAAACCAGGUACACAAUAUCCUUGUUCAAUUCACACUCCAGAUCUUAGCCAGGAUUACUGGCACCUUUCUAAUUACUGAUGUUGUUUUUGAUUCUAUCUUAAUGAUGGCAUUCACCUCCAGUUAUGUACCUCGCUAGCAAUUCACUUAGAGGAAUCCAGAGGCCAGACUGAAAAAUUAUAAUUGUUUUUUGAGUGGUCAUCAGUAAAAUCACAUGAUCCACUUUUCUUUCCUACAUUUAGUUUACCGAUUUAGGAGAGGUUGAAUAGUUUCUGAUGUAUGCACCGAUAUUACUAUUUACCAUAUACCGUAUCAUUAGGUGCAAUGAACAGUUGCUUCUGUGUAAAAGAUUAUAUGGUCAGAUCUGAAAAUGAAAUGAAAUGUUCAACUUGUACUUAUACCAGAUAUGGAUGUAUUCCCCUUGAAGUAAAACUUAGAAAGGCUUAAAUGGGUUAUAUUGUUACCCUUAGUAAGUGUAAAUUCCUAAAAAUUAGAAUUCAGAUUCAGUUGUUCACAAUCAUGUUGAUUUGGUAAUGAAAAGGAUAAAUGAAAACAUAUGCACCUUCCUAAUCAAUUUAGCCCUACUUUCCCUUUGUUGAACUAAUAUUUUAUACUUGUCAAUAAUUCCAAGAAAUAUAGGUAACAAAACAUCUACAAGCAAAUAACCAAGUUCAGAGAGUGCCAAGAACUCCACUCUUCAAUGAGGUAUGCAGCCCAGAAUUAAUGGGAGCUGAGGUCCAAAAUGUUUGAAGAAUGAAAAUUUGUCUCCCACAAUUUAAGACUAGAAAUGAUUGGCUGAUAAUAUGGAGGUACAAGCGAAAAAGGUGAUUCCUCAAAUUAAAUUCUAUAAAGCUUUCACAUGUUCCUGUGAUACAGCUGACCCUAUCAUAAAUCAGAUUACUGGUUUACAUAGAUGGUAUAUACUACUAAGCCCCAUUUCAUUUUUACAUCAACAUUUUGUGCAUCAUGGUUAAGCAAAUGUCAGAAUAAGGAUUAGAAUAGUUCUUGGUAAGAUGUCAUAUUCUCAGUUAAAAAGAAAAAUAUAGAAAUCAAGGCUCUGUUCACUCUAGCUUUCUGUGACAAAAAGAACAACUGUCAU